AUGAAACAUCUCAAGUCCUAUCAAAUCGCGUAUUCGGUGCCCACGGUCAUAGUAACCGAUCGAGGAACUGCCUUUACAUCCAAACAGUUCGCGUCUUUUGUAAAUGAUCAUGGCAUUCGGCAUCAGCUAGUGGCAACCGCGUGCCCACAAGCGAACGGCCAAAUAGAGCGGUACAAUAGAACAUUGAUUCCGUUGCUAAGUAAGUUGGUAGAAGAGCGUUCACAAGAUUGGGACACGGUGUUGGUCGAAGCAGAGUUCUUGCUUAAUAAUUCGUUUAAUCGAUCGAUAGGUGACGUACCCUCACGACUGUUGUUCGGUAUAGUUCAAAAGCGAAAUGUUCCCGAAGAUCUUAAGGCUUACGUUGAUGUAUUGAAUGAGAAUUUUGACCGGGAUUUGCCUGCAUUAAGAGAUGCUGCGUCGCGCAACAUACGUAAGUUGCAAGAAUACAACAAAAACCAGUACGAUAUGAGGAGUAAGGUGAACACUCAGUACCGCGAAGGUGAUCUUGUUUCAAUUCGGACGGUUAAACAAGUAGGCGAAAGAAGCAAAUUAAACCCUAAAUUUAAAGGGCCAUACGUUGUCAAAAAGGUAUUGGAUCGCAAUCGAUAUGUAAUAGCGGACAUUGAUGGUUACCAAGUGUCGAAUCGUAAAUUCGAGGGUAUUUUCGAUCCCAGUAACAUGCGUUUGUAUCAGAAAAACUUAGGUGAAGAGAUCCCUAAUUUCGCAGAUUCUGAAGACCUCGAAGACGUUGAGUACCUAGAAGGAACAGGUUCCGAAGGUUAUGUAGAUGAAGAGUAUCUAGAUGAUGAAUAG